AUGGAGUUGGUUCAACAAAGGCUAUGGCAGAGGGAGGUUACAACCUUGAGGCAGCAAGUGCAGAACUUACAACAUAAUAAUAGGCAACUGUUGGGAGAGGAGCUAUCAGGUACCACUGUUCGAGAUAUCCAGUUUCUGGUGAACCAAGUUGAGAUGAGUUUGCAUUCCGUAAGAAAGAGGAAGGAGCAAAUUAUGGCUGCAGAGAUCCACGAACUCAACCAAAAGGGAUUUCUUAUUCAGAAGGAAAAUAUAGAGCUUGGCAAGAAGUUGAGCAUUGCUCAUGAGCACAACAUAGAGCUGCAGAAGAAGCUUUCUAGGGCCAUGGAAUCGAGUGAGCAGCAAGCCAGCGGAAGCAGCUCAAAAGCUGCUGCUGGGUUAUUGUUGUCGACUAGAGUACGUGAACCAAAUAUCGACCUUGAGUUGCGCCAGCACGAGCAUGAGGAUGAAUAA